ACCAUUUUGUUGUCUGUCAGCGGAAUAAAGUUAUGGAACCUGAGAUUUGGGAUAGUGAUGGAUGUACUACAUCUGAUUCAAGUGACCUGCCAGAUAUAGUUUCCUCUGAUGAGGAUUUUAAAUCGUGGUUUCCUCCAAUCGAACCACCACAGCUAAGCUAUGAAGUGUUGAUUCCCAGGAGAUGGUGUUAUCUGAGGAUGUCUGUAUUGAAGCGGUACUGUCACAUUGUGAAAGUUCAGCUCCUGGGCCCAAUUCUUUUUGGCAGACCUCACCUGGAUGAACGCUAUAGGAACUGGGCAACUGAAGCAGAGCUUGUCCAAUACGAAUGUUGUGAUGAACUAUGUGACCUUGAUCUCAAAGCACUGGAGAUAAUCGAUCUUCUGGAAUCUGCGCACAGGGCUCUACUUGUGUAUGCUUUGAAACGACCACUGCUGAAACAGUUUGUUCGUGUUGGUGAAAACCUUGACCAGUGUUCCACUUUGGAAGAGGCAAUACAAGUGGUAAAGCAGCAAACAAUUUUUCGGGAUGCCUGGAAGAUGUUGGCCUUUGGGAAUAAAAUGCAAGCAGCUACAGUCCUUGCUCUUACUGCUCUUCAUUAUUUCCGUCAAAUAAAGCAAUAUUCUAUUGAUCAUGAUGAUCUGUUUGAGCAAUUUGAAGAUCAGUGCUUUGAGGAAGAGGAGCGAACAAAAGUAUUUCAGGAGCAUUGGGAAUUGGACAUGAAGAAGCAACAUUAUGAAGCAGCAGUAAAGUCUUUGAAUGAGGCAAUACUAGUAUGUGCAUUUAAUCAUUUGCUGUAUGAGAAGAGAUCUUAUUGCUAUUUCCAGUUGUGUCAAUACAAAAAAGCAUGGAGUGAUGCCAAAAGGUGCAUUGUUCUGAGGCCUCAUUCCAUAGAGGGUCAUUAUCUAUUUGCAGGAGCACUAUGUGGAAAAGGCUGGUAUACUCGUGCAUUGAAGGCUAAUUCUUUGGCAAUUCAAGUAUGUCAGUGGAAAGGGCUGAAUGUGAAGGGCUUGAUGGAACAACGAGAAUUGAUCCAGUUUGAACAAUUACUUUCAUCAGAAGAACAAGCAAUUGAAAAGUGGGAGAAAGAUGACCCCAGUUUGAAAGAGCAAAGCCGUGAUUCUGAGAGUUCAACAGCUGAAGAUGUGGAUGAGGAAGAUGACAACGAUGUGAUUCCUACAGUAGAAUCUUUGGAUACUUGGGUCAAAAUUGCGAAGGAUAACAUGUACCCUGAAAAGGAACAGAAUCAGCAAGCUGUACAUUUCGAUAUUCCUUUUUUGUCACUGGACUUCAAAGCUAGCAGUUCUGACUCUGAAGAUGAUAGUAUAUACAAGUUACACCAAAAGCAUGAGUCAAAGAUGUCAUCUGAGUGUGAUCAUUCUGAUUCCGAGUCAAACUCCUCCUUGAAACAAAGUCAAUGCAAUUCUUUGGAAUCUGGCAGGCUGGAAAAAGCAGCAGAUGUAUUUGUAACCAAAACUCUACCCGUUCCUUCUGAGCAUCUUGGAGAAGUGACAUUCCUACUUCCUGUAAAAGGUGCAUGCUGUUCCUGCGUGGAUCAUGAGACAGUUGUGGCAUCACCACCAAUGAAUUCUAAAAAGGACAUGUCCCCACUCUCGUUAUCCUCAGUAGCACACCGACCGUCUUAUGAAAGUGAUUUAGUGUCAGAAGAAAUGGAAGAAACUAGCAGCGAGAACAAGCAGCAUAUGUUGUGUGUUCCGAAGGAAGUGCAGCAGGAACAGCAGAGCAAAUUGGAAAUGAGCUCUGAGGUGGAAGAAAGAUUGCUAAAAUGCAAACUUAAAGAAGCUUCUCAGGCACUGAUGGCAUCUAAUUUUAGAAAUGCCCAGGAGAACUAUUUGAAUGCCCUGAAACUCAUAAAAGAAAAGAAGGUGUACAACUUGACUACCAUGGAGUACAUUCUUAUCGAAUAUGCCUGUGGGCUAUCAUAUCUAGGAAACGGUGUAAUUCAGAAUAUUCUGAAGGCUGAGCAACACUUUAUGAAAAUUCUUGAAGAGUUCAAGGAAGAAGAUUCACGUCGCCUCAACUGCCUCUCGUAUUAUGGUCUCAGUCGAGUCUACCUCAAAUGGAAUAGGUAUAAAGAAGCGCGAUCAACUUUAGAGAAGUCUCUUACACUGGUCGAGAGUAAUUUGGUUCCAGGACUUCAAACGUGGCCAGGCACAGAUACAGUAAUUGAAGAAACCAGGGAUGGGGUACUGAAAGAACUAUUGAAGUCCCUUCUUAAAGUGUGCUUGUGCUACCCACGGCCCGAUGCUGUCUGCCGUUAUGAGUUCUGUUAUACCCAUAAUAAAAAACGUGACAUUUAUGCAUUCGAUCCUGACUUUAAGGGGUUUGUUCGAGUGCACUGCAACUACGAUUGCCGUACUGAGUACCACUUAUACUGCUGGAGAUGCUGCAAAAUUAAGGAGCUCCAAGAUAGAGUAGAAAAGGAUAUUUUGAGUUUGGACUGUCUUACCCCAGACUGUAUAGGGUGCAUCUGGAAAGUGGAUAUUUUUCAGGACUCUCAACAAAAAACAAUUGAAUGUUUAAAGCCAAAAAGAAAUAAAACAAGCUCUAAUCAAGAAACUAAGGCAGCAUUCAGCAGUUUUACCUUGAAGAUGAUUACCAGGAAAAAAGAAAGGAAGUAUCAAAAUACAGGAAAACAACUGUCUAAUAUCCACCAACAACAAACUGAUAUUUUGAACCGAAAACCUGACCAGAAUAGUAUGAAGGAUGAAACAGUUGGAGCCAGGAAGAACGCAGGGAAAACUAAGGAUAUAGCACUUUCGAAUGAAUGGAGAAAAAAUGAUAAAAACAGAAAUUUGAAAAAGGCAGCAACUGAACAGAAUGAGAACAGUUAUGCACAUUCUGAGAUGACAGAUUACUACAAGUGUGUGUCCAAAGAAGAAAAGGUUCAAAACUCAAACACCAGUACAUACUUGGAUAUUGAUCUUCAAAAUAUAAAUAGCUCAAUAAAUUUGGAGUUACUUUUCAAUAAAAAGAAGAAAUGCAAAACUAAAGAAUUGGGAGCAUCACAAGGCAAAGGUGAAGAACAUGUCACAGAGCCUGUAGACUGUAACCUACUUCUAUAUAAAUCUCUCAGCCCAGUAAAUUCUCCACAUUCCACCUGGUUAGAAAAGGAACAAGCAAGCUUGGAUGAUUUUUGUUCUAAAUUGCAGUCAUUAAAAAACAGCAGUGGACCAGCUGAACAUAGUAUUGUCAAUAAGAAAAUAACUAUGAGUGAUGGUGCUGUGCUCACGGACCCUAUUAAACCCUUUGAAAGCAAAGAGAGGACCUUCUUGCAACUGUACCAUGAGAACAUUUAUCUCAAGCAGAAUUAUGAGAAGUCAGAAAAAUUAUAUGCUCGACUUUGUGCUGACACUCAAAGUGAAAUUAAAGUACUCAAAGAAAAGCAUGAGCAACUUGUUUUCGAUGAGAAGAAAUUGAGGAAUGAACUCAGAACAGUAAAGCUACAGAUGAAGGCUCAAAAAGAAAAGAAUUUUGACCAAAGGAAGUAUCGAUUACAAGAACUUAGUACACUACAAGAAGAACUUAAAUCUACAAAGAACAAUUUAGAAAGGUCCAAAAAAGCUAUUCGUGAAAAUGAUUCUGAAGUUCAGAAGAUAGUAGAAGAAAGGGAAAAAGGGAUCAAUGACAAGAAAAAAUUGCAGACAAUUUAUGCCACAAGAAAGGAAGAUUGUAGACAAUCAGCAAGCAGACUACUUUCUGUUGAGACUCAGAUUCAAGAAUGGAAAAAAUACACAAGAUUAUAUUUUCUGAAUCAGCUACUUCAAGAGGCAGUUGAAAAUGUGAAGUUUUAUGCUGCAUACAAGAGUCGGUACGUUAAUUCUCCAGACAUCAUUGCUAUUUGUGACAUGUGGAAAAAAAGAAUGAAAGGAAUUCAAGAGCAAAUUGAUCUGGUCAAUGCUACAUCUUGGUCUCAGGAAGAUGGAACAUAUUAUGACGGUGCAUUUUCUACAAAUUAUUUUAACUUUAUGCCAUCGCAAUACAAAUUUAAACAUCAAAAGUAUCCUGUAGAUCAACAAAGACUUUCACCAUCUCCUGUAACAGUUGAAAUGAAUCAGAAUGUUGCAGAAAGUGCCUGGUUUUCACCCAGAUCUAAGAAUAUAGGACUUGAUGAGAAAACAUUACUGACAGCAGAAAAAAACAACUACAGAUCAGCUGCUUGGCCAGCCAGUCACGUAACGGUACCACUUAUGCAGCCUAAUUCAGCCCUUGAUUUGUUGGAUCUUAACCAGUCUGAUCUUGAACUAGAACUUAGGAUGUUGGCUGGUCAAAAAAUGCCAUUUCCUCUUUAUCUUGAUAGUGGUGGUUUGGAAAUGCAUGAUGUCUCAAAUGAAGAAAAAUCAUCAACAAUCCCAGAUAAUUCUCUUGGCACAUUACAGACUUCACAUUUCUCAGAGAAUCUUCAACAUCAUUUAUUUGAAUCUUCUGACUCCACAGCUGAGCCCUUGAAUGAACCCUUCAAACAUUUACAGUCUGCACAUGCAAUUGUUAAGUCCAGGAAAGACUUCCAGGCUUUACACACCAAAAGGCGACUUGAUGGAGCAUCCACCACCACCAAGUCACCAUUUGGCAGGGAGUUAUGUGUUCUUGCAGAGCCAAGAUCAUUGUAUCAUGCAGUAAUGGAACAACUUUUGUUCAAAUUCCCUACAAUAAGCGCGGAUGUAUUUCAUUCACUUAUUAAUAAAGUGAAAGAUGAAAAUAAUGGUACUCUGUUUGGUUUAUCUGUCAUUGACCUGGUCAGGCAAGUUUCUCACCAUGUUGUUCAGCAUACCUAUCGAGAAAUGAGAUUUCCAUCUGCAUCAGAGCUUUAUCCAUUUCGUUCCAUAGACUAUGAAAAUACUUUUCUCCCCAGCUAUCCUACUGUACAAUCUGAUCUGUCUUCAGUAAGACCAGAUAGAUUCAGUGGCCUAAUGUCUGGAAGUGCAAACCCUUCAUGUUUUGCAUCAUUACCUCUUGGCGAUUUGCUGGAGCUGGAAGGCAGUUUUGAUGGCCUGUAGAGUUGAAGAAACAUAGUUAAAUUUGAACAUAUAAUUCCACUACAAAUCUUAUGUUUGCUGGCUAACAAAUGCUGUUCUUUUGAAAUUUCCAUACAACUGAAACAAUCUGAAAUUUUUCUACCAUAUUUGGCUUCUUCACCUAUAGGUACAAAUAAUAAUAAAAUGACUGGUUGAAAUUUCAAUUGAUUCAUUAUAAACUGCAAUUGUAACUUCUAAUAAAUUGAUAAAGCUUUCUUUCAAAAGGAACAUCACUUUCUGUUUAACUAUUGCUAUGAUGUUGCAUCGAUCAGAAUUAAUAAGAUUGAAAUUUAUUCUGUGAAGAUCUAUGUUUGUGUUUGUAACGUAAUGAUUUAGUCAGAAUAUCGUGCUUCCCAUUGUUUAUGCAUUAUGACAUUUCUCUUGGAUAAACUCCAUUUCAGAAAAUAGAAAAUUCAGCAUUACAAAGCACUUCAACACUGCAGUGAAUCAACACAAGAUGAAACUGAACUUUAGCUUUUCAGAAAUAUAUUUUUUGUAACACAGCUUUAAAAAGAUAGAUCAGGUGAAUACACUGCAGUUACUGACAAAACGAGUGAGUGUGCUUUUCUGUUUGACCCAAAGCACAAUGAAAAUGGCCUGAACAGUAAGGAGAUCACAUACAGGAGUAGUCAGGGACACAACUUUAGAUAAAUAUUUAAACGAAUCAGUGUUCAUCCAGCUCCACACCUUGUUAUCUCUAAAAUUAUGUGGAAUUUGCUACCAUUAGAAUGCUACCAUCAAGCUAGAAGGAUGCCUGCUUGUUACAUAAAUGGGUAGUAUAUGAAUUUCAGUGCCAGUGUGUUGCUAAAUAUGGGCAGUUGCAUAGCUAGCAUCCUGAAGAUUGGCAGAUUGUAUUAAACAGUGUGUCCCUUCAACUUCACAACAUUCAAGAUACUUAAUGUCUAAAAAGCCAUAUUUGGUCAACCCUAAACAGUGUGUCUAAUGUUAUUCUGUGUUUGAGCAACAUUUGUGAAAUAAUCCUGAGUAUUUCAGAAAUAUGCUCAUAAGCAAUUUAAUAUUCUCAGCCUGGAAUGCAGUGUGGAACAUUUGUGUGGACUGAAAACUAGAUAUUAAUGCAGAGGUCCCUAUUCUUUAUAGUCACAACGUAUGCACAUGGAGUUUGUUUCACCUGAACAAUACAAGUCCCAGCCAUUGUCUGGUUCAUGCCUCAAGGCAAUACAUUGAGCAACAAGAAUCAACUCAUUGGUUCAGAUUGAAUGCUUGACAGUUAAUGGUUAGUCAUCACCUGACUGGUAUUAUGCUGCAUGGCAAUACCUCUAACGAUUUAGAACCUACUUGCCAACUAAUAAGCAUAAACAGUAUAAACAUGCUCCCCUCAACAUUGGUAUUCUUCCAGACUGUCCCAAUAAGUGCAUGGUGAAAACUUUGACAAUAUUCAAGUUCUGUAUUACAACAUAAUUAAUUAAUAAAAAGUAAUUACCUUUCACCUUAACUAUGGAGUGAGAACAGCAAUCCCAAAAGUGAAUUUGAAGAGCAAAAAAUAAAUAUAUGAUGGGACAAGAGUAAGUAAAAUAAUGUUGAUAUCACUAGGCUAAACAGUGCCUGCGUUGCACCUUUCCAACUGUUUUAUGUUUCUGUUUUAUGGCUUAGAAGGGGUGGAUGCUAGGAAGUUGUUUCCGUUAGGCAGGGAGACUAGGCCCCGUGGGCACAGCCUUAAAAUUAGAGGGGGUAAAUUUAAAACUGAAAUGAGAUGACAUUUCUUCAGCCAGAGAGUGGUGGGCUUGUGGAAUUCGUUGCCAUGGAGUGCAGUGGAGGCCGGGACAUUAGAUGCCUUCAAGGCAGAGAUUGACAAAUUCUUGAUCUCACAAAGAAUCAAGGGCUACGGGGGGAGUGCAGGGAAGUGGGAGUUGAAAUGCCCAUCAGCCAUGAUUUAAAUGGUGGCGUGUACUUGAUGGGCUGAAUGGCCUUACUUCCACUCCUAUGUCUUAUGGUCUUAUGUAAGAAGUAUUCCCUUAACUGUAUAACUUAUGAUUGAAAAUCACAUAGUCAUUUGACAGCUCUUAAUGCAUAGCAGUAGGUAGAUUCUGCCAGUUCAGACUAGGCAAGCUUGUUAGAAAGAGAAUUAGUAGGAAUUGAAGUUUAUGAUGAAAAAUAGAACUCCCAUGUCUCAAUCCAUUUGAUCCAAUUCAGAGUUUAUGGAUUUCCAGAGCAAAAUACUGAUUUUACAAAAACUCUUAUUCUGAAAAUUCUCAAAGUUGGUACUGUUGGAAAAAAAAUCAAGGAAGAAAAGAGCAAAACUAACAUAAUACCAGAGUCAUACUUAUAGACAUAUAUGCUUUGUGAAAUCUUUCUGUCAUUUCCUGUGUGGCUAAUUGAAAUAACUCCCAAGUACACACCCACAUGCUUUCAAAUGAAGUGAUAAAUGUUAGGUUAUUCCAGAAUACAAAUUACUGGUUAUAACUAUGUGGCUAAUAACUCAAAACGAUCCUGAUCCCUCUGACCAUGUCAGUUUCUUCCUGUUUGAAAUGAUGCGGAGGUGCUGAUGUUGGACUGCAGUGGAUGAGGUCAGAAAUCUCACAACACCAGGUUAUAGUCGUAUAGGUUUCGUACACCCUCAUCAGUGGUGUAACACUUUGAUCUUUUACUUAUAAAUUCUGUGUCUAAUACUAACCCCCUCUCUAACACUUCAAGGAGGAGUGAGGCUCCGAAAGCUUGUGUUUGCAAAUAAACCUGUUGUAUUAUAACCUGAUGUCUAUGAUUCCUGUUUGAAAUGUUGACGUACGCAUUGAGACUCUUAUAAGCCAUGUAACCGUGUUCGUCUGCUUACUGUGCUACUUAAUUUUAUUGCCAUUAGUUUACUUUUUGUGAAUGUUGAUCUUCUGUGGUUAUUAAUAUUGAUUCAGUACAAUUUAUUUUCCAUCUAGCUUCUCAUGACACUUCUUGAGGCUCAUGUCAUUCACCUACAUGCCACAAAAACUACAAAGGGUUUAUAGGGUGACAAACAGGCAUAUCUGUGUAUCAUGCUAACCAGUUUGUCAUGUGGUUGCCCUUGGUCUUAGUUGUCUUUAAUAUUAGGACAAGUACUUUCAGGAAAGAAUGCUUUUGCUUUUAGUUCCAUUUACUUGGUGAUAUGCAUGUGAGUACGUGUCUCUCAUUUCAACAUUGUCAAAAUGUGGGUGGAGGUCAAUGCAUGGCAGAAUUUUCUAAGACUCCUGUCACCAGUGUGCUCAGCACAAAGUUGUCAUAGUAAUUGGUAGGUUGUAUAUCAGUUCUAGUGCAUUCAUGCUAAUGGUUAAAGGGGUGGUAUGUGAAAGAAAAUAAACAUUUUAAAAAUCUGUACUUUAACAUACGUAAUGAAUCACCGUGCGAGUAACCAUGCUGGUUGGCCUUCUGACUGCUUAGAAUUAGACAGCAUGAUUAAUGAAUAGCUUUUGUUGCCUAUGUGCAGAAGGUUCCUUGAGAUCCCACAUUACAAUGAUCCAAAUGACAGAAAAUAGGUUAAACGGUUGGAUGUGUAUCAACUUGGGGAGGAGAUGAAAGAGGGACUGGAAUUUGCAGAACUUGCGUGGAACAAGAAUAUUAAAAAGUCAUUUGGUGGUACAGAACCUACUUUGCUGUAUAAAGAAAAGUUUGAUGAAGAUUUUCAUUUUGUACUCAGUACAACUGACAAGAAUACCAGUUCCAGGGGAAACCAACAUUUAUAAGGUAGAGAACAUUGGAGCAGGAGUAGCCUACAAGGCCUUUGGAGGCUCUUCUGCUGUUUAAUAUAAUCAUGACUGAAUAUCCAACUCAGUACUCUAUUCCCACUUUCUCUCCCUACCUUUUAUCCCUUUAGACCUAAGAACUACAUCUAAUUCCUUCUUGAAAGCGUUCACUGCUUGAUCUCAGCCACUUCCUGUGAUACAGAGUUCAGGAGGCUCACCACUCGCUAGUGAAGAAAGUUUUCCUCCUCUCAGUCCUAAAUGGACAUCCACAACAUUGUGUUUACCUUGUUCCAUUCUGUUAGGAAUUUUAUAGAUUUCUAUGAGAUCCCUCCUUGAUCUUCUAAACUCCCAGUGAGUAUACCCCAAACCAAUCAAGUCUUUCAUAUGUCAGCCCUGCCAUCCCAGGAAAAGCCCUCAAAAAAUAAGAGGUAUGAAGGGACAAUGCUAAAUAGAUGCUAAGUGGACUCUGAUUGCUUGUGGCUUUGCUUUGGAGAAUGCACUCAUUCAUGGUGAUUGACAGUUAACAGCCAGGCAUUGUUCAUAUUUUAAACCAGGCAGAUUGGCUGUGAUUAGACAGGACAUUGCCCUGGGAAAUGAUCCAGUAAAUGGCUGCAACCUAUAUUGUUGAAUUGAAAUGGGUGCAGUGUAUGUACAUGUUUGUUCUUUGUUCUAACCAGGGGGUAGCUUCAAAAUUAAAGUGUCCAAUGAACAUCAGUAGUCAUGUAGUAAAUGUAUUUGGAAUUGUUUGAACUGGCAAACAUCCCAGCUUGUGGAAUUGUUCUUGUGGGAGAAAGAAAUUCAAUUUAUAAUGGAAGUUGAGUUGUUGAAUCUGUUAUCCACUGUAUGCUUGAGAAGAUGCCAGACUUGAUCUGAAAAUUGGAGGACAACAAUAUUUUUCCACAUUUGUGUCAAUUUAAUUCUCUACACAAGGCACCUGAUAUACAACUGAUUCUCCUGUACAUAUCACAGCAGUGGCUGGAUUUGUGUAGCUCUGAAUUGCAUUCUAAGUGUUUGAGUAAUAUAACUCAAACAAAGAAAAGUGCUUUAGUUAAAUAGAUGUGACCAUAAUAUUGCUUAUAUGACACUUGAGAUGCUUAUUGCAGCUCAGACUGUGACAUGAUGUCUGUAUUCUUCAGCCUAAAUAAACUUGUGUUUGUCCAUGAUUAUACGGAAAUCAAAGUAUUUGGCU